AUGGAGGCCAAGAGAGGUGCUGCGGUGUCCGAGUCGGAGCUGAACAAGGCCAGCAAGGGGCUGCAUGCUACGAAAGGCACUCGCGAACACUCGGAUUCACUCGAGUAUGACCCGGCGGUGGCGGAGAAGCUUCAGGCGCUGUACGAGAAGCUGAACGGUGACAUCAAGGCCAUCUUCGAGGAGCUGGACGAGAGCCCACGCAAGGCUCUGAAGCACCCACCGGCAUCGGCUGCCGAGUUCGGCAAGAAGUACGCUCAAGGCUUCUACACAAUGGCUGAGGCCAAGUAA